UUUUUUUUUUUUCCUAUCUGGAAAGACUCGAUACCAGUCUUUAAACGAUUCUUUUUUUAUAUAUAUAUAUUAUUAUUUAAGAUUGACCUGAAGAAAUACGAUGAAGGGUGGUAGCAUGCUACUAGACAACAAUACAGAUUUAGCUGAGUCUUAAUUUUUAAUGACAAAUAGGAAUCGAAAAAAAACUGACACUUUUCUUUUUAUUUCUCCAUUUUUUUUUCUAAAAUAUCUAGGGUGUCUCGAUUACCGCCAUGUCAACAUUAUUCAUAAGCACAUCAAGGUUCAUUAAGAAUCCAUUAAAGACCCUCAUUUCAGUUCAAACAACAAGGCCAGCAUUAAAUAAAGCUGUCAAGUGUUGUUCAGCAGGCAUUGCCCCUUCUAUAUAUCAAUGUCAUCAACAGAAGAGAACUUUUCAUGCCUCUUCUAUUAUACAAAAACAAAAACAAGACCCUUAUAAAGUAUUGGGUGUAUCUAACAGUGCUUCUCAAAAUGAAAUUAAAAAAGCUUAUUACAAGUUAGCAAAACAAUAUCAUCCAGAUACAAAUAAAGAUAAAGAUGCUAGAGAGAAAUUUGUUGAAAUUCAGGAAGCUUAUGAAAUUUUAUCAGAUGAAGAAAAGCGUAAACAAUAUGAUCAAUUUGGACAUGGAUUUGAAGGUGGCAUGGGUGGUGGCGGAUUUUAUGGCGAUGAUAGUAGUGGAUUUACUGGAGGAUUUAAUCCAAGUGACAUUUUCGGUCAAUUCUUUGGUGGAGGAUUUGGCGGGGGAUUUGGUGGAGGAUUUGGUGGAGGAAGUGCAACGAAUGGUGGUGAUAUUCAGGUGACUUUAACAAUUGAUUUCAUGGAAGCCAUCAAGGGCGCAAAGAAAACUGUGACGGUGAAUCGCAUAACAACCUGUCGUACUUGUCAUGGGUCAGGCUUAAAAGCAGGUAAAAAGAAGAAUGAAUGUAAAACCUGUCGUGGUACGGGUGUGCAAUCGAUGCAAAUGGGUGGAUAUCAUGUGCAAUCGACGUGUACCGCUUGUGGUGGUGCUGGUUCAUCAAUUCCUUAUGAUGCUAAAUGUCCUAGUUGUAAUAGUCUUGGUAAAGUAAAAGAAAAGAAACAAGUCGAAGUAAAGAUUCCUGCAGGUGUUGAUAAUCAAUCUGGACUCCGUGUACCUGGUGCUGGCGAUGCACCAUUAAAAGGAAAUGGUCGUUAUGGUGAUUUACUUGUUUCAUUAAAUAUUUUACCUUCAAAAAUAUUUCGUAGACAAGGUACUGAUAUAUUUUAUGAUGCAAAAAUUCCAUUUUAUAAAGCAAUGCUGGGUGGUAAAAUUAGAAUCCCUACCAUUGAUGGUGAUGUGGAGCUUAAAGUACCUGCUGGCUCACAGCCUGAUGAUAACAUUGCUCUUCGUGGAAGAGGUAUUCAACGUUUGGAAGGCUCAUCCAGAGGAGAUCAAAUAGUUCAAUUAAAGAUUGAGUUCCCAAGAUCUUUACGUGGUAAACAAAAGGAAAUUAUAGAGAAAUAUGCAGCUUUAGUUGAUGAUGAAUAUAAGCCAAAGGAUGAAAAAUAAUACCUUUUUAUACAUAUAUAUAUAUAUAUAAAAUUCUUUUUCUUAGAGUAUAUUUUUAUUAUUGAG